CGCCGGCGCCGACAUCUUUUCCAGCCGCCAAACUGGACGACUCACACAACGACAUCCCCCUCGUCCCAGUAUCGCGCAAGCCUACCUCCGCAACGAUGGUAGACAUGACCGCCGAGCCGCCAGACGGCACGCGAGCGGUGCCCACACCGGCGCCGGCGCGCGCCCCAGCCCGCCGCGACGAGGACUGGACAGACGGCGCCACUGACCAGGCUAUCGCCAUCGCUAUUGAGCAGCGCGACAAGGAGAACCCGCCAGGCGAGGGCGACUCGAUCUCGGGCAGUCUGAUGGGGCAGGUCGACGGGGGCAUCACACCCUCGUCGGUCACCCGCACACGUUGGUACGGGCCUGGCGGGUCACGGCGUAACUCUGUUGCGUCGUACCGCUCCAGCUCGGGCCUGUGGCGCCGCGGCUCGUCGACGUCGCUGCAGCGCCAGGCCAGCAUCGACGGCGGGUACGCUGGGCGCGGGGAGAGCUCGUACGCGCGCGGCGGCGGCGGCCCCCCCUCGCCGUCCGUGUCUGGAGUGUUCAUCCCCGACUCGGAAGACGAGGGAGAGAGCAGCUACCCCGCGCGCCGGUACUCGCGCCGCACGAGCAGGCAGGGCACCCAGCCACCGAUGAGUGUGCCGCGGCGGCGGCGCGACUCGAACGAGUAUUAUCGGCGAGAGGACGGAGGCGACGAGUCACAGCCGACCUCGCCGGUGCACCCGUCGUCUGUGAUCGCCCGCGUCGCAUCGUACUUUGGACGACCGCGGUACGACGAGGACGAGGAAGGGCUGAUUUCGCGUCGGAGGACGAGCGGAUCCGACUACGGUUCCGGGUCUGAGCACUCGCCCCGCCGAUCUGCUUCGCCUGUUUCGUCGCGCGACUCGUGGGGAUACGGGGAUGAGGACGAGGGAUACUCUGAGAACGGGUCUGGAGGUUACAACUCUGAUCUGGCCGACGACACAUCGCUCCCGCCACAGUCGCGCCCGGGCUCGCCGGUGCUCCCCCUCGUGCCCGCGCCACAGGACGGCAUCUUUGGCGAGUCGACCAUGCACAUUCACGACGAGGCCAAGGAGUUUGACGACACACUUGUUCCUUCUCGCCAGACGGUUCUCCUCCCGGAUGAGGAUUUGUCGAUCCGGUUUACAGGCUACAGGACGAACAAGUUCCGGCACACCAUUUGGUGGAUUGGGUGCAUCCUCACGCUUGGCGCUCUGGGUUUGAUUGGCCGCUGGACGCCGACAAUCUGGGUGCGCUUCUGUGGUGUCGAGACGCCGUUCGACGAGUCCAAGAAGGGCGACUGGCUGGUUGUCGAGACCCCGUACGGCGACAUUCACAUUGUCGAUAUCGAUGUCAUCGACUACCCUUACCCCCUGUCCACAGUCUUCCCGCAGCAGGCACCCGUGACCUCGCGCCCCGAGUCGCGUGCCGACUCACGUAUCGGCCCGGCAGACUACCAGGCGACGGGGUCGACGAGCCGCACGCCGCUGAAUGGCAACUCGACACCAGACCUCGAGCAGGGCAAGACGACGACCGAGGAGAAGCUCGGCAUCCUUAGGGUCAUGGAGUACCGCUACACGCGCUUUGCUCUCGAGCCUCACUCGGGCCGCUGGUGCAUGAUCCGCGACUGGCGCGACCCCAAGUGGACAUCCGUCCGCGCCGUCUCCCACGGUCUCGACUCGGCGACCCGCGAUCAGCGCCGCAUCCUCAUGGGCGACAAUUCGAUCGACAUUGCGAGCAGGAGCCUCGUCCAACUACUCAUGGACGAGGUCCUGCACCCGUUCUACGUCUUCCAGAUUGCGUCCAUCUUGCUCUGGUGCUUUGACGACUACUACUACUACGCGUUCGCGAUUGCCCUCAUCAGCGCGACGAGUAUUCUGUCGUCGCUCAUCGAGACCAAACGCACGAUCGAGCGUAUGCGUGAAAUGUCCCGCUUCCACUGCCCUGUCAAUGUGCUCGUCGACGGCGAGUGGAAGCGCGUCGACUGCUCCGACAUGGUUCCAGGUGACAUCUUUGACGCGUCGGACUCGACGCUGUCCGUCUUCCCGUGCGACGCGCUGCUGCUGUCUGGCGACGCAAUCGUCAACGAAUCGAUGCUUACCGGCGAGUCGGUCCCGGUCAGCAAGGUGCCAGUCAAGGACGACGCAUUGCGCUCCAUGUCGCGGGAGACCAAGGCUGGCAGCUCUGAUGUCGACCCCGAGCUGGCAAAGCACUACCUUUUCUCCGGGACCAAGAUCAUCCGUGUGCGCUCUGGUGCCAAGCCCGCCUGGGCACCCAGAGACAGCGACAACGUUGCCUUUGCCAUGGUCGCCCGUACCGGCUUCAACACGACCAAGGGCGCCCUCGUCCGCUCAAUGCUCUUCCCAAAGCCGCUCGGAUUUAAAUUCUACCGGGACUCGAUGAACUUUAUCGGCGUGCUGGCCAUGAUUGCCGGCUUUGGGUUCACCAUCAGCGCCGUCCAAUUCAUCCGAAUCGGCAUCAAGUGGCACACGAUCGUCAUCCGCGCCCUGGACCUUAUCACCAUUGUUGUCCCGCCAGCGCUCCCUGCGACACUCACCAUCGGUACGACGUUCGCUAUUGAGCGACUCCGGAAGAGUGGUAUCUUCUGCAUUUCGCCCAACCGCGUCAACAUCGGCGGCAAGGUCAAUGUCGUCUGCUUCGACAAGACUGGUACACUAACAGAGGAGGGUCUUGAUGUCCUUGGCGUGCGUACCAUCGACCGCCUUGACCGUCGGUUCUCCGAGCUGCACUCGACCAUGGAAGACAUGCCUACGACCGGUGGACCUAAUGGCAAGACGCCUCUCCUCUACGCCCUGGCCAGCUGCCACGCCCUCAAGCUCAUUGAUGGUGAGGUGCUCGGUGAUCCACUCGACAUCAAAAUGUUCGAGUACACGGGCUGGAGCCUCGACGAGGGACAGUCACGCCAGGUUAAGGGCGGCGCUGGAGGUGGUGAGCGUACCCAGACCCUGGUCCAGACGGUCGUCCGCCCGCCUGGCCAGGACCGCUGGCGCAUGGAGGACGCACACGGCACCAACCGCAACCUCGAACUCGGUGUGAUCCGCACCUACGACUUUGUCUCUGCUCUCCGCCGCAUGACGGUCAUUGUCAAACGCCUCAAGUCUACCAGCAUGGAAAUCUACUGCAAGGGUGCUCCAGAGGUCAUGCCUGACAUUUGUGAUCCCGACUCGUUCCCCACCGACUAUGACGACAUGCUCUCCUACUACACGCGUAACGGCUUCCGAGUCAUCGCCAUUGCCGGCAAGUCGGUCGAGGGCCUCACUUGGCUCAAGGCCCAGCGCAUGCGCCGCGAAGUCGCCGAACACAAUCUUCAGUUCCUCGGCUUUAUCGUUUUUGAGAACAAGCUCAAGCCCGGCACCGCGCCCAACAUUCACACCCUGCGUGCGGCCCACAUCGCCUGCCGCAUGGUCACAGGCGACAACGUGCGCACGGCCAUCUCUGUGGCUCGUGAGUGCGGCCUCAUCUCCCACUCGGCCAGCGUGUACAUCCCGACUUUCAUUCCCGGAACUGGUCACACAGAGGAGGCGCGCCUCGACUGGUGCAGCAUCGAUGACGAGUCACACAGGCUUGACGAGUACACACUCCUCCCGCUCGUCAACCGAGACAUGGCAAUGGACGCCGAGGAAAUCGAGGUGCCAGACUACCAGCUCGCACUCACAGGUGACGUGUUCAAGUGGAUGCUCGAGUACGCGCCUCUCGAGACGAUGAACCGCAUGCUCGUCAAGGGUGUCAUCUUCGCACGCAUGUCUCCCGACGAGAAGGCCGAGCUCGUCGAACGCCUCCAGCAGCUUGGUUACACUGUCGCGUUCUGUGGUGACGGCGCCAACGACUGCGGUGCGCUCAAGGCUGCCGACGUCGGUGUCUCGCUCUCCGAGGCCGAGGCGUCCGUUGCCGCGCCGUUCACCAGCCGGACACCGGACAUCUCGUGCGUCGCCGAGAUCAUCCGCGAAGGACGUUGUGCCCUCGUUACCAGCUUCAGCUGCUUCAAGUACAUGGCGCUGUACUCGCUCAUCCAGUUCACGACUGUUACGCUGCUGUACAGCUUUGCCUCGAGUCUCGGCGACUUCCAGUUCCUCUACAUCGACCUGUUCAUCAUCAUCCCCAUCGCCGUGGCGAUGGGCCGCACCCUCCCCUACCCCAAGAUCUACCCAAAGCGGCCUACAGCCAGCCUGGUCUCCAAAAAGGUGCUUACCAGCAUUAUCGGCCAAACGAUCAUCAACGCGGCCAUCCAGGGCCUCGUGUUUGUCUGGGUCCGCAAGCAACCGUGGUACGAGGCGCCCGUGGUCGACAACGACGAGCUCGAGACGUUCAACUACGAGAACACGUCGCUCUUCCUCAUCUCGUGCUUCCAGUACAUCCUGGUUGCGGGCGUCUUCUCGGUCGGCCCGCCGUACCGCAAGCCCAUCUACUCAAACAUCUCGCUGGUGAUGUGUCUCAUCGGUCUGACUGGCUUCUCAACCUAUGUGCUCCUCAUGCCCAGCAAGGCCGUCGCCCUCAUCCUCGACAUUAUCGAGCUGCCCUCGUCGUUUAAGAUCCAGCUGCUGAUUAUCGCCAUCUUCAACAUUAUCAUCUGCUUCGGCUUUGAACGAUAUGCCGAGCGCCCCAUCGCCCGCGCCAUCGCCAACGUCAAGCGCUGGAACCGCCGCCGCCGCGGACGCAGGCACGGCAAGCACGGCGAGCACCACUACAAGAGCAUUGAGCAACAGUUCUAGACCACAUGUACACGCCGCAGCGCGUCUUCUUGGACAUUGUACGACUGUACACCACAGCUGCAUGAUAAAUGAC